GCGAUGUUGGUCUAGUGGCGCAAAACAUUCAAGAGGAGAAGAACACAACAACAUUGUUCAUUACACACCGCUUAUUAAACUGAAACGCCGGAUUUCAAGAUUUCAUUUAAUUUCUUCUUGGACCGACUAUAAAAACAGCAAAUAAAGUUUCUGACUGAUCAUGGAUGUGCCAGAAGCCAGGCAUUCUCAAGAUGAACCGCCGGAUGCUGCAAACUCUUCAAAUGAUUCCAGUGUGUCCCUAACACCACACAUGUUGGCCAAAAUUGAACGGAACAGACAACGGGCAUUAAUGCUCAGACAAGCCAGGCUUGCCAGUAGACCAUCUUCAGCUCCAGAAGGGGCUACAUGUGCUAAAGUGGCCAAAAUUAUAGACUCCGGUGCAGGCUUUUUUAUUGAAGAGGAGACAACAGAGGAUGAGCAACAGGAAAAGAGAGUGGUUGAGCAACCAGCCCCAGUGAUGGAGCCUGAUUAUUUGAUGUGUGAUGAGUGUCUAAAACCAUUUAUGGACUCGUAUCUCAGCAACAGUUUUGAUCUGUCAGUGUGUGAUAAAUGCAGAGACAACGAUGUGAAGCACAAGUUAAUAUCUCGCACGGAAGCCAAGCAGAAUUUCCUUCUGAAGGAUUGCGAUCUGGAUCAGAGGGAACCACCACUGCGAUUUAUUCUGAGAAAAAAUCCUCACAAUCCACGUUGGGGAGACAUGAAACUCUAUUUAAAGACACAGGUGGUCAAGCGCUCUCUGGAGGUGUGGGGUAGCUAUGAAGCACUCCAAGAAGACAAGAAAAGAAAACAGGAAAACACAAAAGCACAAAAGCAUAAACAAAAAAAUUAAAAAGAGCUGAGGCGAGCAGUAAGGAGCAGUAUGUUUAAGAAAGAUACCAGCAUUCAUCAGCAUGUUUACGGCCCCGAGGAGCUGCUAGACGAAGAGGAAGAUCUCUACAGGAAAGUGUGUCAAACAUGUGGGCACGAACUCACUUUUGAGAAAAUGUAAAUACGUCUUCGAGGUCUCACUGCUGUGGCUACUGUUCAGGAAAGAAGCAGGGUCCGGAUCCAGGCCAGCAGAGAGUAAUCCUGAUCUUGUUUCCGGUUCUCAACACAUUCUCUUGGAUUGCAGUCCAGGUACCAAUACAGUUUUGCAUCAGUUUCCACUUGAACCAGUUUGGAGUAUCUGAAACACCUAACCAACAUAUUGGUGCUGUUUUGCGUUUAUGCCUUCUGAAGUUUAGAAAUGUCAGCAUUACAGAAGUGUCAGAUAAGAUUAGAGUAUGUCGCUCUAGAUUUAGUCACAAGAGGGCACUGUAGAGCCACUUUUGUCAGAAAACUCUACUGCCAAAAUCAUAGAUGAUGUAAGGUUGAGUUCUUUGUCAUUUACGGGGGAACACACUGCUGAACAUACUCUGUAUCUGUGAAAUGGAGAAGAAAAUACAAAUUGUGAUCUUAAAUAUUACACCAUAUCACUGUGUAAUUAGUAUUUAGGAUGUGACUACCAAAAAUCUGCCCUCUCACUCUCCAACCUCUUCAAGUCCAGUGCCUGUUUGUUCGGUGAGAGAUAUUGAUGAUUCCAUAUGUAGACUAAGCGAUUCUCUCACGGUGUUGUGUUUCAGUCUGUCUGUGUGGCUAUUGAGAGUAUCAGACUUCCCAAUUCACAAGAAACCCGAAUGCACUCAUUCCUUAAUGGCCACUUUCUUCUUCACCUUUCAUGCCAAGGUUGGCUCCAUACAUUUUGCUGUAUUAGAAAUAAUGAAUUUGGUCUAUGAAAUGUUUGUUUAAAAAUAAUUUUUGGUGUGUUUGUAAUAAAUGUUUUUUUCAUAUUA